CACACACACACUUUCCAUCAGCCUCCUCUUCCUCCCAGACACACUCCCGAAAUCCACAGGGGACCUCGGCAUCUUCUGAUUGGUCGGGAACGAGCCAACGGGGCACGGGCACAGUGUCAUCAUGCCCCCUUAAAAGCAGUGCAGCUGCGUGUGAAGCGGUUUGGGAGCAGGACGCUGAUCAAUGAGGAGACAAGAAAAGACGCAUCACAUGUUUUUGUCCGCGUGCGGCUGAAAGCGGAUUUCUUGUCCCUAAAGUGCCUCGCGCUCCCCCCUCCCCCCGCCGCGAACAUGCCCAGAGGGUUUCUGGUGAAGAGGAAGAAAACCGUUUCGUACCGGUUCCGCUCGGACGAGGAGGACGCGGAGCAACCAGCUGACGCGCCGCCAUCCUCCUCUUCCUCCGCGCAUCUCGUCUGCAUCCCCGCGCGUGCGCGGACGCCGACGCCUCCGUGCGGGGCAGCCGCAUUGGCCCCGGAACAGAAAGUCAAACCCGUUCAGUUCGGGAACCCGGAAACGGUGUACCGGGCUCGCUACAGCCCCACGCACCCGGUCAGCCAGGACCACGACCGCUACCUGGAGAGACGCUUCAGCCUCGGAUCACCGGAGUCCGCGGAGUCUUUCCCCACACCGGCCGCGCACACCGCCCUGGGACCCCUCCUCACCCCGGUGGACCUAAAGAUCGGCUCGAGCAUCAGUAGCCGGACUGAGACCAGCGCUCCGUACACUGGGACGCUCCCCGCCGCCGGGUCCAAACGGCAGUCCGGGGACGCGGACCGGAAGGGCAAACCAGCGUCCAAAAAAACCAAAGCUAUCAGGAAACUGCACUUUGAGGAUAAUGUCACCACAUCUCCGGUUCUCGGGCUAAAGAUUAAAGAAGCUCCGGUGGACCAGAAGCCCCCUAGACCGCAGCCCGGCGGCGGGGACCCCCAUCCGCGCGGGGAGUUUGUUUGCCAGCUGUGCCGGGAGGCGUACGCGGACCCGUUUGCUCUGGCGCAGCACAAGUGCUCCAGAAUAGUCCGGGUCGAGUACAGGUGCCCUGAGUGUGACAAGGUGUUCAGCUGCCCGGCCAACCUCGCCUCGCACCGGCGCUGGCACAAACCAAAGCCGCAGAACGGAGCGCAAAGUGCGGAGAGCGGGAAAAGCGCGCUGGAGGAAGCCAAGGACGGCAGCGACAGGGACACGUCCAGCCCCGAGCCGUCCGAGUCCGGCUCAGAGGACGGACUGUAUGACUGCAACCAAUGCGGGAAAAGAUUUAAGCGCCAGGCGUACCUGAGGAAACACCUGGCGGCACAGCACGGCCCCCCGACCCCGGCGCAGGACGAGGACGCGCCGGGCUGCAAGCAGAGCGCGGCCCCGCUCAACCUGAGCGCGUUCAGCUGCCACCUGUGUCCGGUCUGCGGGGAGAAGUUCACCAGCAGAGGCGGCCAGGAGCGCCACCUCCGCCUGCUGCACUCCUCACAGGUGUUUCCGUGUAAAUACUGCCCCGCCGUCUUCUUCAGCUCCCCGGGACUCACGAGGCACAUCAACAAAUGUCACCCGUCCGAGAAUCGGCAGGUGAUCCUGCUGCAGGUGCCGCUCCGGACCGCCUCCUGAUCCCCAGAAACCAGAUUCACAGCCAGCUGGAUCCUGCUUGCACUGCAGGAACAUUUGGAGCUGGACUCCUCCCGGUUUUGGAGACGGGUCCUGGAUCUUCAUCCUGCUGAAGUCAAGCAGAUGUUGCUGCAGUGCAACUGUGAAGCGCAGUCACGUGGCUGCGGCAUCUGGCAGGGAAUCGGUGCCUUGCUCAGGGGCACGUCCUCAUGUGGGAGGGCUGCUGUUUGAACCCCCUGAUUUUUAUGUCUCCGCCUGGAGGAUCUUUGCUGUUUCCAACUGUUUAAGAUGUUUUCUCUCUGCACAAGUGCUAUUAGCCCUUAGACCUGGGGGGCAGACCCCCCAUCACUGAUUAGCUUUAGCUUGUGGGAGCUAGCGUAGCCGGGAUGCCUUGGAUCAGCUGUCAAAGCGCCUUAAAGCCAGCAGAGCAGAGUGUUUCUCACCUUAUUGAUCCGCUGCUGGUCAUUCUGGAAGCCUGAUUGUUUGUUCAGUUGUUGUUAUUGUUGCUGUUUGUGGUCAAACCUGUGGUCUGUUGCUGUAUUUAAAUUUGAAUAAUUUAGCCAGAAAUGAGGUUUCUGAACUUCUGCAGGUGUGGAAUCACUGAGGAUUAUCAAGAAGAAUGCAAUCAGCUGAUAUUUGCUGUGUCUCUUAUUUAUUUAUUUAUUUAUUUAUUUAUUUAUUUGUUUAUUUCUCUGAAAGCUUUGGAUGUUUCUGUUGAAUUUUGCUAAAUGUCCAAAACAUAAUA